AUGGCCUCCGAAUCGCUCAACGUCAUCGUCCUCAUCUCCGGCGGCAAGGACUCGCUCUUCUCGCUGCUGCAUUGUCUCGCGAACGGGCAUCGGGUGGUGGCAUUGGCGAAUCUGUAUCCACCUGGUCUAGAUGAAGACCUCAACAGCUACAUGUACCAAACCGUCGGCCACAGCCUCAUCCCGCUCUACGCCGCAGCCCUAGGCCUCCCCCUGUAUCGGCAGGAAAUCCGCGGCGGGGCCGUUCAUACGGAAAGAGAGUACUCGUACUCUCACCAAGAAGAAACCGAAUCCCUCAUCCCCCUCCUCCGAACUGUCAUCGCCGCCCACCCCACCGCCAACGCAAUCUCCACCGGCGCAAUCCUGAGUACCUACCAACGCACGCGCAUCGAAUCCAUCGCGCUCCGUCUGCAUCUCACGCCCUUGUCCUUCCUCUGGCAAUACCCCAUCCUUCCUCCUUACUCGCAGUCAGGUCUCUUGGAUGAUAUGCGGGCCGUCGGCCAGGUUGCGCGUAUCAUCAAGGUCGCAUCGGGUGGGCUGGAUGAGUCGUUUCUGUGGGAGGAUGUGGCGAGUAGCAGGACGGUUGGGAGGUUGAAGAGGGCGGUGGCGAGGUUUGGAGGGAAUGGGGAUGGGGCGGUUUUGGGGGAGGGAGGCGAGUAUGAGACGUUGGCUGUGGAUGGGCCGGGGGUUUUGUGGAGGGGGAGGAUUGUGGUG